AUGAUAGUAGAUAUUUUUUCUUCAUUUGAUGAUCAUAAUUCAACAACCUUAUACUUACAUUCUUUAACAUGAAUUUUAUCCUUAUGAUCUCUAUUUUUUAUUAAUUCUUCCUUUUGAAUUUUUCCUUCAUUUUUCAAUUCUUCUUUUAUAAUUCCAAAACAAAUUAUUAAUAUUCAAAUUAUUCGAUCUUUUAGAAAUAAUUUAGGAGGAUUUUCACUAAUCAUCUCAUCAUUAUUUUUAAUAAUUAUUAAUUUUAAUCUUUUAGGAUUAAUCCCUUAUGUUUUUAGUACUACUAGACACCUAGCUAUAUCCUUUUCCCUUUCAUUCCCUUUAUGAUUUAGAUUAAUUUUAUCCUCAUAUCAUAAUAAUAGAUAUUCAUCUCUCGCAUCAUUAAUACCUUCAGGUACUCCUUCAUUUUUAAUUCCUUUUUUACCUUUAAUUGAAAUUAUAAGAAUUAGAGUUCAACCAUUAACUUUAGCAAUCCGAAUUGCAGCUAACAUUAGAGCUGGACAUAUUAUUUUAACUUUAAUUGGUGACUUUUUAUCAUUUUCCUUAAUUAAUAUAUCCAUUUUAUCAACAUCAAUCGUUUUAUUAGUACAAAUUGGUUACUUCAUUUUCGAAAUUGGUAUUGCUAUUAUUCAAGGUUAUAUUUUCUCCUUAUUAAUUACUUUAUAUUCUGAUAAUCAUCAAUUGAUAAAACACAACUUUUAUGUAUACUCACUUAAAAAUAUUUAUCAUUACCUUAACACCU